UAAUUUGAUGUUAAAAAGAAUUGCCAGAACCAACAUUUUGUGUUGAGUGAGAAAAAGAAUCCAUUAAAUUAGCUUUACUUUUUUUGCUAGGAGAAGGAAACAGUUUUCUGUUAAAAUGAUUGGUUAUUUGUUUAUUUAGAGGGCUGAAAAAAAAUACCUCUCUCUGAAAUUAGUAUUUUUCUUGCCCUGCACAGGAUAAAGUAUUUUGUAGCUCCAGGAUAGGCAGCAGUUUACCAACGUAGGGAGCUUUGGAGGUGGGUUGCUUUAGGGAGGUAGUCCGGAAGAGUGUCCAGUUUGUUUGGUUACCUUCUGCAUUGCAGUUGCCAAAACAACAGAAGAUAGUUUCCCAUAGAAUAUUGUUUGCUCUUUUGUCUGCUUUAGUUGUCAAGAUACGAAGCUUAAAGAAGAGAGAUUUCCACCGGAACGGGGUUAAAACAGAGCCCGUGUGUGGUGUCGUUCCAGGAGCCGGCAGCCCUGCCCCGGUCGCUCAGUAAGUGCAAUAAAAUCAUGAAUCUCCUACAACGGAGGAUCCAGCACUGUGGGGAUUUGACCGAGGAGAAUAGCUGACCUUCUGCUCAGAUCAGCCUUGCCUGUUGUAGUGUUCAAGCUGCGCAUUGGGCAGGCGGAGGCAAGGCAAAGGAUAAGAUGUUCAGCCUGAAUGGUGCCAGAAGUGAAGGAUACGUCCAAGAGCUGUUCCACGAGGAAGCACAGCAGGUAUCUCAGACGCAGACCAAGCCCUGGUGGAAGAUCCAGCUCUUUGUGUGGGAGCCGGUGCUUUUUGGAACAUGGGAUGGCGUCUUCACCUCCUGCAUGAUCAACAUUUUUGGAGUGGUUCUUUUCCUGAGGACGGGAUGGCUCGUGGGAAACACUGGCAUUGUAAUGGGCAUGUUUCUGGUGUCCUUUGUCAUCCUGGUUGCUCUGGUGACGGUCUUAUCUGGAAUUGGGGUGUGUGAGAAGUGCAGCAUCGGAAGUGGAGGAGUAUACUCCAUGAUUUCUACUGUCCUUGGAGGUCAAGUAGGGGGGACCAUUGGCCUCCUUUAUAUUUUUGGCCAGUGCGUUGCAGGUGCCAUGUACAUCACUGGCUUUGCGGAGUCCAUCGCAGAUGUCCUGAGCCUCAGCAACAUCUGGGCAGUGCGUGGGAUCUCCUUGGCUGUCCUGCUGGGCCUGCUGGGGAUCAACCUGGCUGGGGUGAAGUGGAUCAUCAGGCUCCAGCUCCUGCUGCUCUUCCUGCUGGCUGUCUCGACGCUGGACUUUGUCAUCGGGUCCUUUACACACCUUGAUCCAGAGCAUGGCUUCGUCGGCUACUCCGAAGAGCUUAUGUUCAACAACACGCUGCCAGACUACAGCCAGGGGGAGUCCUUCUUCACCGUUUUUGGAGUGUUUUUCCCAGCUGCCACAGGUGUGAUGGCUGGGUUCAAUAUGAGUGGAGAUCUCCAGAAGCCUGCUACCAACAUCCCCCUGGGGUCUCUGGCCGCUAUUGGCACCUCGUGGUUUCUGUACAUGGUCUUUGUUUUUUUGCUGGGAGCCAUUUGUACCCGUCAGUCCCUCCGCUAUGACUUCAUGAUAGCAGAGAAGUUAUUACAAGCUGCUUUCGAUUUUAAUGACUUUGGAGAGAGGGAGGGGAGGAGGAGAAACCAUUACACAUCCAACAUGCAAAGUCUCCCUUUCUGUCACUCACAGGUAUCCUUGGUGGGUUUCUUGUUUUUGCUAGGGCUGUACAUCUCGUCCCUGGCCUCCUGCAUGGGAGGGCUGUACGGAGCACCCAGGAUCCUGCAAUGCAUCGCCCAGGAGAACGUGAUCCCCAUGCUCGCCUUCCUGGGACGUGGGAAAGGACCCAACAAGACUCCAGUGGCUGCGAUUUGCUUAACGAGUCUCAUCACCAUGGCUUUCGUCUUCAUUGGGCAAGUGAACGUUCUUGCUCCCAUAGUCACCAUCAACUUCAUGCUGACGUAUAUUGCUGUAGACUAUUCCUAUUUCUCAGUCUCCUUGAGCUACGAUGUUCAGCAGAAGCCUGACGAGCCGCAGAUGGAAAACACUAGGCCUGCUCAUUCUUCCCAGCCUUUAAUUUUCAACAAGCCCUCCAGCCGUGCAGCAGAUGGAGUAAUUCAAAGCAGGUCAAAUGGCACCUUGCUGGAAUUCACAAAAGACAUGGACCAGCUUUUUAAACCAUUUCGUAGCCAAAGUACUUGCAAAAAAGGAGGAGCCGAGAAUUCAACCCAAAAUGUCAAACAGAAGAAGGCAAAGAAGCCAGCCAAGCAGACGUUACAAGACAGCUUUCUCCUGGAUCUGCAUCACGAUGCUCCCCUGGCUCAGUACGGCUGGGAUGAGACCACAGAGCCCUGCAGCAAGAGCCAGCAGGACCUGGCUGAGCAGGUCCAUCAGCAUGACAUGGGUCCGUGCUCAUCACCCGCUGCAGAUGCCCAGCAGAUACCCGGGCUGCUGGAGCGGGGGGAGCAGCUCUGCAGCGAGGUGCCGGAGGGGAGAGAAUCAUCUAUAAAGCAACAAAAUGCAGAGCUGGGAAUUCAGCAAAUACCAGAAUCCUUCUACUCCAAAUUCUGCAAUCACUGGGUUUCCUUUGCUGGUGCGAUCGUGUCCCUCAUCAUCAUGUUUGUCAUUCAGUGGAUCUAUACCCUUGUCAGCCUGGGUGCAGCAGUUAUUCUGUAUUUCUACAUCGGCCAAGUGAGCCCAGGACUCCCCCUCGGAGCAGCAGCGAAUUUCAGUUUCUUCAGCUGGAUUAAGUCGAUUUUGAUCACCUCGUGCAGGAGAAGGCCAUCUCCCAAGGAGCAGAUCGUGGUGACACCAUCCUUUGCAACAGUUGGCAUGGAGACCACACAGCUCACAGAGGAGAACGCAGACUUCGCCUCGCGGGACCGCUAUCACCAGUCCUCGCUUAUCAGCAGAGAGGAGUUCCCGAAUCAAUUCCAGUAAAGGACAAAAAAAAAAAAAA